AGAGAGUAGUGCAGUAGACAAGUGCACACCACCUGACAACGCAUUGAUUGGAACGACCUGUUAUAAUUUUCACAAAACGAAGCUUUCAUGGAGUAAUGCUAAGGUAGGCAAAUAGAAGAGAAAAAAAAACACAAAAUGUAAUCUUUAGUAUCAUAUAGUUAAUUUCCAGCUCAUUUUGCCCUAUUUUUUUUAUUGUAUUACUCCGUCACAUUUUCCGUUGGUCAAGACUUCGUAGGAGGAAAUCACGGGGCCUGAGAUUUGUAUGUAGGACUAAAAGCUGAUUUCCCCAGUAUCAGUAACGUUGCAGGAAUUGCCGAAAAUUUCUAUAACAGGGACUUAAACUCAGCGUUGUCAAUUUAGAAUGUCCUUCUCUUUAAUGAGUGGUCGUCCAGGUCUAACGAUGACGUUUGUAUUCUUGUCUAGGUUUUGCUGGGGGAUUUAGCUCCAGUCCAUAAGCUUUGGAUUGAGACAUUUCAGGCUGCUCAGAACUUUACUCAAUUUUAUAUUUUGAUCAAUUUUUUUUUUAAAAUUACCAUUGUCUGCAAUAAACCGCAAUAUCUUUGUCACAUCGUCUUCAUUAUGUAAUAUUUAUAUAACAGAAAUAUCCCUUCGAACCAUAACGGCAGCAAUACAUGAAUCUGAUAUGUUCUAAAGUUUCUGGACCGAAAAGCAUUAACAUAAAAUUCUAAUUUCAGGCAAUUUUAUUUAGUUCGUCUUAUGAAUACAGCUUUACAACACCGUAAUACAUUAUAUCUAAGUAAUUAUUAUUUGCAAUAUAUGUUAUUAUCUUUAGAUUAUGGCGGUAUUGUCUUUUUAAAAUCUUUUACUUCGUUUUUUACGUGUGCUUUUUUCUUUGGGUCUGGUUGUGCGGCAACAUUUUCGAAUGAUUAAUUAAACUACUACUACUUAACAUAUCCAGCUAUAACUUGGCAAAUAGUCUAUUGCCGAUGAUGAACAAUUUUUUUAGCAAAUGUUCAAACCCACCCCACGGCCCAUCAAAUGUCAUUUAUUGCUGGGUUUUUUUCUUGCUGAAUGUAAAGGAAAUAUGUCACUAAUUUUACGAAAGAAAAAUCACGCUAACUAUAUAAGAUCCUUAAAAAAAUAUUGAACUUUCAUUUAAUGUAUAUAUUUUUUUAUUAUUUUUUUUUCUUGUGUCAAAUUUUGUGCAGUAAAUCUGCGGUGUAAAUGGGGUGAGAGAUGGGAAUAAUAAUAAAAGAUAAAAUAAUACAAAUUGCCUAUAAAAGAUUUACAAGAACAUUUUUGUAGGGUCUCUUUAAUUAUUUCAACAGAUGGCGUGUGAAACGGAAGAACAUCUGCUAGCGAGAAUAGAAAGUACAGAUCAUAUAGAGAAUAUUUUUGUAAACAUGUCUUCGGUUGAUAAAAACACAGGUAUAUGCAACUUGUGAUAUGUGUAUGUAUCAUUUGUAUGUGACAUUUGUUUGUGAUAUUUUAAAUUGAUAUUUGUAUGGGACAUGUUUGUGUGACGUAUGUUAACAGAUAUCUCAAUGUUUAGAACCGUAUGUACAACAAAAAAGAGUUCGUUUCUUACCAAACCAAUGAAAAUGAAUUUAUCCAUGUUCAUUUUCGUGACUUUUAUUUUGCUACCUAUUUUUCCCCAGAUCAGUGGUACUAAAACUCUGGCAAGCGGGGCCAAUUAAUUCGAAAAUAUCUUGUUGAAAUUUACAUCCGUUAACAAAUGUUGUUUUUUUCUAAAAUAAAAACUAUGCAUACAUGUACAAUGCAGACACAUUCCCAGCGUGGAUUGGGGCAAGAUCCUUCGAUGUUGAAAAUGCCUUUGUCUGGGAGGAUGAUGGCGCCAGAGUUGUGGAAGACGUUUGGAGAAAUCAAGAGCCAAGGUCCCGCACUGCUACACGAGAAGACUGCGCCGCUGUGGAUUUGGGC